GCAAAUGGCGACCACGCUUCCUUUCCUUCCAUCCUCCUUUCCGGUAACACAGUAAACUGAAGGGGCCAAUAAUAAUGGCCUCUCAUUUUCCCAUCUCCUCAACUCCGAUUCAAACAAAACAGACCAAAAUGGCCGGCAUUCAAACGCCGUCCGCCUUCCACUCCGCCGCAAUGCCCGGUUCCAGUGCCGCCGGCCUCCGGCGACCUCCGCCGGGACGCUUCUUCUUCUCCGUCGAGCCUUCAUCGUCCUUCUUCGCUCCGUCCUCAUCGUCUCUCUCGUUGCUCCCUCUGAAACCUAAGCGCCGCUCGGCUGCUCGGAAAAUCAGUAUGCGCGUUGAAUCUAGCAAGCAAGCUUACAUUUGUCGCGAUUGCGGGUACAUUUACAAUGAUAGAAAGCCUUUUGAGAAUUUGCCUGAUAAAUACUUCUGCCCUGUGUGUGGUGCCCCAAAGAGAAGAUUCAGAGCAUAUGAACCAACGGUGGCGAAAAAUGCCAAUGACACUUCCCUUAGGAAGGCCAGGAAAGAACAGUUGAAGAGAGACGAGUCGCUUGGUCGAGCACUGCCCGUGGCAAUCGUUGUUGGGGUUGCUGCACUUGCCGGUUUAUACUUUUAUCUGAACAAUAACUUCUAGGACUGAUUGUUAUGGAAGAUAUGCAAAAUGUAAUUUUCACAAAAAGAGGAUUGUAUGAAUGAAGAGGUUUUGAGUCUUCUCAUUGUACUUUUGUAUUCAUUUAUUGGUGUUUGGCUUCUUCCAUCUUUACACCUUACAAAUUUACAAAAGGUGAAAAUGAGGUAAAAAUAAGACUCAGUUCCUUGG